UUUUUCUUUUUUUUUUGUUUUUUGCUUACAAUUUAUUUAAUUUAAGUUGAAUUAUAAACAAGUACAAUGUCUACACCAAGAAGAAGAAUUGAAACAGAUGUUAUGAAACUGUUAAUGAGUGACUACGAAGUAACAUUAGUUAACGAUAAUAUGCAAGAAUUUUAUGUUCGUUUCAAUGGGCCUAGUGAUACUCCUUUUAGUGGAGGUGUAUGGAAAGUUCAUGUUGAAUUACCUGAUCAAUACCCAUACAAAUCACCGAGUAUUGGUUUUAUGAAUAGAAUAUUUCAUCCAAAUAUUGAUGAAGUUAGCGGUUCUGUUUGUUUAGAUGUCAUCAAUCAAACUUGGAGUCCAAUGUUUGAUAUGAUUAAUAUUUUUGAAGUAUUUCUUCCACAAUUACUUCGUUAUCCCAAUCCAACUGAUCCCUUAAACGGUGAGGCUGCUGCCUUAUUAAUGAGAGAACCUACUAAAUACGAAUUGAAAGUUAAAGGUAAGAAGUCUUAACUAAAAUGUGUGUAUGUGUGUGAGAGAGAGAGAGAGAGAAGAGAGAAAGAGAGAGAAAGAGCCAUAUACAUACAUACAUACAUACAUAAAUACAUAUAUAUAUAUGUGUGUGUGUGUGAUUAUAUUUAUAUAUGAUUAUUUAUAUGCGCAUAUAUUUAUGUGUAUACAUAUUCAUAGAUUAUGUCUCAAGAUACGCUACAAAAGAAGCUGCUGAUGCUGCAGCAGACGAAAGUUCUGAAGAAGAUGAUAUGAGCUCUGUUAGUUUUGAUUCUUCUGAAGAUGAAGCAGCUGGUAUGGAAUUAUAAAUAAUAUUUACAUAUGCUAUGUAAUCUAUCCAAAAUAAAAAUAAAAAAAAUAAAAAAAUAAAUAAAUAUUUACUUCAAAGCAAAACUUGAUUUUUUUU